AUGUUUACGGGAUCAGAACAAUUACUGUCCAAAAUGUCAAAAAGUAAAAAAGAUUUUAGUGUGGCAUUUUUAUUAAGUAAAACAUCAAAAAAACAUCGUACAACUGACAAUAAUAAUAAUUGUGAAGACGAAUUUUCUUGUCAUUCAAAUGGUACAUCACCAAUAUCAAGUAUCGAAAGCUCAUUAACAUCACCUCAACAUAAUCUCGAUAUUUUAAACAGUACACCGUGGAAUAACUCGACAUUAUGGUUUCCUACAACAUCCGAUCAAAAUGAGUGUUCUAAAUUAAAUUCAACAGUCUGUCCAUUACGUAAACAUAAAAGUAAUAGAAAACCACGAACACCAUUUACAACGACACAACUAUUAGCAUUAGAAAAAAAAUUUAAUGAAAGACAUUAUUUAUCAAUUGCUGAACGUGCCGAAUUUUCAGCAGCUCUAGGUUUAACUGAAACACAAGUAAAAAUAUGGUUUCAAAAUCGUCGUGCAAAAGAAAAACGUUUAGCCGAAGCUGAAAUUGAAAAAUUUCGUUUUAUUCAGAUAAAAGGACGUUUAGUUCAACAAUUUGACUUAGCAGUAAAUAAUCAACAUCAUAAUGAUUCAAUGGCUGCUGCUCAUCUUUACAAUUAUAUAUCAGCUAAUUCGUUUCGAUAA